GAAGGAUGUAAAGUGGAAUCACACAGAAACAGUUCACUGCACAUCACACACACGUUUCACAUGCUAAAUACUGUUACAAGGAAUCAACAACUCAGAGCAUAAGUUCUGACAUGGCGGAGACGCAUGGACUCAUGAUUAUGUUGCUUAUUUUUUUGGAAACACUGCUACUGACAAACUCAAAAGUCAUAUUGCCAGAUGCCAACGUUACGUGUAUCAUCCCUGAUGACUGCAUCCUGCCUUGUAACUUCAGACCUACUGGGACAGUGGUGAUCCACUGGUACAAGCAACAAAUCCCUGUCCACAGCUACUACUACAACAAGGAUCAGUUUGGACUCCAGAACAAGCACUUCAGCGGAAGGACCUGCUUGUUCAACUCCCACAUCCCUCAUGGCAAUGCCUCCCUGCUCCUCAGGAAGGUCAAAGUUCAAGACAAAGGCAGAUACAAGUGUUACACGAGCACACGGAAGGGCAAUCAGGAGAUCUUUGUUAACCUGGAGGUGAAAGCUCUCAUCCAGUCGGUGACCAUGGAGACAAGUGAUGAGAUGGUCACCUGCUCCUCUCACAACAUCUACCCCGUCCCUCAGGUGACAUGGUCUACAGACCCCCCCUCUGCCCAGGAAGUUUUGGAAAAUUCAACCAUCAAAACCACAGACCACAAGGGUUUGUUCACUGUGGUCAGCGCGCUGAGGAUUUUGGGUAAUCGCCCCAACUAUACCUACUUCUGCUCUUUCAUUUCUGCUGACAAGACCCAGGUGUGGACUGCCUCAAGGAAAACCCAAGAUCACAUAACACAGGAUGAUGGUCAUGCACUGUCCAUCCCGUGCAUUGCACCAUACAGUCUCCAGAAUUUCUCCCUCAUCUGGACCUUUACCUCAUCCAGUGAGCCCACAGUCAUCUUGAGAUAUGACACAAAGACCAAACACACCUUUAACAUGUGGGAGGGUCAAGCUGAACUGGACCAGGACCUGCUUCUUUAUGGAGACGCGUCUCUUCUGCUUCACAAGCCAGACACUGAGAAACACUCCGGUACAUAUACUUGCACCUUCUCAGGCCUGCAGAGCAAACACAUCAUUCAGACCAAAGUAAACAUCACUGUUUCAUCAAUAUGUGUUGAUGAGCAGAAUGUACAGAGGUCGUGGUGGAGCACCGCAGCUUCUGCAGCUUUUUUCCUCUUCACCAUCAUUAUUGCUCUCUCUCAGUGUGCAAACCAAAGAGCAAUGGAGACCAGAACUGCCUCACACAGAUACAAUGGGACAGGUUUUGUCGAGAAUAGUCUUCACAAACAUCUAAGCACCACAGCUUUAUACAUAAUUGGACAACAUGGAAUUGAAUGCAACAGACUACAGUUUGAAGCACUGGAUCAACUGGCAGGCAGUACACCCAACACUGCAGAGGAGUGUACUGUGGCUUUACCACCAGGCACUGAAGUGGGACAGGAGGAAACAACAGUUGCAUUACCUGUGGAAGGAAGUGAUGGGCUGCAAUCCAGCAGUCUAGAGAAGGAUGGACUUGCAAACAUUGAGCCUGAUACCAUAAAUAUCAAGUGA